AUGACAGCCUUUCUCGGAAAGCCGAAGAAGCCAAAGAAAGAAAAAGGCGGGAAAGCCAAAAAGGGCAAAUUUAAAUUGCCCAUGGUAAUUUGCACGAAUGGCGACAUCGAAAGAACUGAAGGCGGUAACCCACCUGUUGAAUUCAUACAGUAUACAGCAUGCAUCACCGACACGAAUCCGAUCGAGAAGGGAACCGCAGUUGAUACAAAGGACAAAUAUUUCAAGACGCCCCUCAUGAUUGCUUGCGCCCUAGGCAACAUUGAAAUCGUGAAAAUGCUACUCGAUAAAAAGGCCAAUGUGAAUGUGACGGAUAAUUUCAAGUGGACAGCAUUGCACCAUGCGUGUCACGGCGGUCAGCUGGAAGUAGUCAAGUUGCUGAUGGAACAUGGCGGUGAUAUAAAUGCUCUCUCCUUAAACGGGGGCACGCCACUGACCAGGGCCAUCGAGAGUUCGGCUUUUGAUGUCGUCCAGUUCCUGAUUGAUUCCGGAGCCAAACUGCAGACAGAAACCAGAAAAGGUAAGUCGAUUUUUUUGUUUCUUUUACUCAACUCUCUUCCUCUGGCGGGUGUGUCACUGAGAAACCGGAUGGAAAAAUAUAAUUUUUUUUUAGCCAACUCGAACUGA